AUGCGCAUUGGAGCCUCUACCAGGGAAUUGGCGCGUGCUCAAGGUGCGCGAGCUUUGCCUUCGGGCUACUCGCUUGUUUCCCGUUCAAUAUGGGACCGUCGCUUCGCCAACACUCCUCUACCGGUGGGCGCCUUCUUCUGGCACAAGACACAAGAUGGACUCUGGUGGUUGGGCAAGAUUUCUGGACCACCUCCUCUGCCGUCCGACUUCUACGUCGUCCACUUCUUGGACGAUCCUGGACCUGUCAAGCUCGCCCUUCCCGAUGUUCGCUACUCUGCCGUCGAAACCGCCGCCUCCGGAUCGUGGUGCCUCCAAGUACACAGCGGCAGCGCCCUAUUCAAUGGUGUUCUUUGCAACAUCGACAUGUCGCGUGACGACGUUGUGACCGCUUCGUUGUCUGAUGACGUCGCGCGCCCACAUUAAGAUGGCAUGCUUGGUUGUUUUUUCCUUCUGUUGCUCUUGCAAUAGCAUUAUUUAUUUUUGUUUUCUCGUUUUUUGUCUUUUGGCUUCAAUAGUCCGCCAGGUCGAGCUUUCUCUGUUCCCUGCCGAGGUUCUGCCAGCUGUUGUUUGGUGUCACGACCCCUCUUCUACUUGGUUUCGCUUCCGAAACGUUUGGUUUCCGGCCUUAUCGGUACGUUGUGAUGCUGUUGUACUUUUUCGUAUAUUUUUGUCUCUACUUCUUAGAGUUUGCGGGCUGAAGUGUCUCGUGACCUUUGUUGUCGCUCCCACGCUACCGUGGCGAUUAUUUGGCGUAUCUUAUCGUUUUGUCGACACAGGCCUUUUUCUUUCACCGUUCAUUUUCCGUCGCUCCGGCGACGCAUAUUUUCUUCGUUUCUUUCGUGUCCUCUUUUCCGCUUUCUUUUGGAUUCUGACCUGUUAUGGUAUUUGUAGCCUUCGCCUGUUGCCGCUCUCCCGUUGGUUUCCUCUCUGUUAGCCCCAGCUUAUUACUUUCUCUACCUUAUUUUUCUAGGUCAAACGAUGGUCUUGCGACCCAUCGAGUGAGAGGUGUGGGAGGGUAAAUUGUGGUAUUUUGGAGGUCCGCAUCCUCGAUACUCUCAUUUGGGAUUUGACAAGUAAUUGUCAAGUUCUGAGAUUUACGUAUCUGCGUAUGAGAACCUCCAGGGUGGGCUAGUGUUAUGGGAUUUGAACGUGUAGGGAAGUACAAACGGUAGUGCGGGCUAGUGCCCAGAGAAAAGUGCGGGAGAUGCAACUCCCCACGGAAGGACAAAACGGGGGACAGGAUCUAUUAGCCCCUGCUUUAGCAACUGAUCCUGGCCCCAUCCUCGUCAGUCCUCUACCUCCCCUUGGCAACAGCUACUGGAGCUGUUCCAUACGAGUUAAUAACAAGUGAGUUCGUCUUCACGGGUCUCCCAGAUUGCACCGCGCGUGCAUAUCCUUUACACUUGGCGUUGUCGGCAUAAGCGUACAGCGUGCUUGCCGGGGUUUGUGUUUGGGCGACUCGAGCCUGCUGCUGCACGCAGCUUUCUGCGCUUUCGUCUCCACACAACUUAGCUUUGCCUCGCUGAUCGGUAUGUCUCAACUUAGCGUCGGCUCCUCGGACUCGGCUUCGGCCAGUCCAGAGCCCUCAGAAUGUUCUCGCUCGCUGGUGUCUCCACACAGUGCUUCGGCUUUCGGGCCGACAGCCAACGAUUCCCAAUCGUCGUUGUUGCCGUCUUUUGAUGGCGCGAGUGCCGCUGACCCCAUCCUAGAAGCCACCCGUUUGUCAGAGCUUCGCGCUCAACGCCGACGGGAGGAGUUCGCCUCCACGGCUUCUACUGACGCUAGCCCCGUGGGUGCUGUCCUCAAAUUACCUGCAGCAGCAGAAGCUUCGGUUUCCACCUCUGUCUUUUCGAGUACUCAGCCUUCUGUUUUUGCAGCCGCUGGUGGUGUGUUCCAAGUUUUCCCGCCGGAACCACAUGUUGCUGAUUCCACUUUUCCCCUCACCUCCACCGCCGCUGACCCUUCUGCUGUUCGGGCAGACAUUGGCUUUGACAAUACUGGCUCUGUAGUGCCACGCUUA